AAGUUAUAUUCACAACACAAACAAGUUACAAGUAUGAGUUGGUGAUGAAUCAAGCCACACACAGCUUCAACAAGAAGAGAGACAGGUAGUUGAAGAAACGAAACAAACCCUAAGAGAGAGAAAAUUCACAACUUUGCUUUGAUUUCAAGCCCCUUUUAGGGAUCUCGAAUCUUCAAUCUACAAAGCUCGAAAUUGUUGUUCUUUUGAUACCAUUGAGUCACACAUUGCAUCAUUUUUUGGAUUCUAUUCAGAUUAGUAUUGAUCCUGCUUCUAUGGCGAAUUCAAAGAGCUCAUCGGGUGUCAGAAAUUUGAUGUAUCCUGGAAGGCAUGCACAUGCUCUGCUUCCUCCCAAAAGCCCAUUUCCUAGUACCUCCCAAGCAUAUGCUGAUUAUGUCUCUAACCCUACAGUUGGUCCAAAGCCGGUUAAUAAGCCACGAGAAGGAAACUCGCAUCACCAACGUACUUCAUCUGAGAGCCAUCUUAUCGAGGAGCAGCCAUCGUGGCUUGAUGAUCUCCUAAAUGAGCCAGAUACACCUGUCAGAAGGGGUGGUCAUAGGCGUUCAUCAAGUGAUUCUUUUGCAUAUAUUGACAAUAUUAAUGCGUCUAACAUCAAUUAUGCGGAUCAUGAUGAGUAUAAAUAUAAGAAUUUAUCUAUUCCGGCUUGGUCACCUCCAGACUUUGACCGCAACAAAGAUGCCCGUCAUGUACCUAUGUAUGCAGAAAUCAAUGCAGCAAAACAGAGGAAUAGGUCAUGGGACUCUUUUUCAAAUAUGAGUGGUGUUCCAUCUGGCAAAGACAAUGUUGCUUUUCAGAGAUCAGGAUCACCGACUCCAUGUACACUAUACGAACCGGAUCGGAUCCUACUGACUGCAAAUGAAAAUCACGAUUCAUUAGAAGCUGGCGUACAAGACACAAAAUCACCUUUUGAAAAAAAGGAUGGUUUACAUGCAAAGUCAUCUGCUUCUGAAACAGAUUCAAAACGUGCUAAACAGCAAUUUGCUCAACGGUCACGGGUCCGUAAACUUCAGUACAUAGCCGAGCUGGAAAGAAAUGUACAGGCUUUACAGGCAGAAGGGUCUGAAGUAUCGGCUGAGCUUGAGUUUCUUAACCAGCAGAAUCUUAUCCUGAGUAUGGAGAAUAAAGCACUCAAACAACGUUUAGAAAGUUUAGCGCAGGAGCAGCUUAUCAAAUAUCUGGAGCAGGAAGUACUGGAGAGAGAGAUUGGAAGAUUACGUGGCAUGUACCAACAGCAUCUGCAGCAGGCACAGCAGCCUCAACAACAACCAUCUGGCAGCCAUAGACGGACAAACAGCAGAGACCUUGAUUCUCAGUUUGCUAACCUUUCUCUGAAGCACAAGGACACAAAUUCGGGGCAUGACCCUGCAAACGGAGCACUCAGAAUUUAGCUCAGCCGUAGCUGUAGCGUUGUUUUGCCAAUCGCCACACCUGUGAUAGAAUUUGUUUCCCAUCGACAUGCGGGAUUGUGUAGAGAUUUCCAGGAUAUGCCCUCUCUCUCUGCCCGCGUAGCUGCUAUUUCAGCGCUCCUUCGUUGUCUCAAUGUUCUCUGUUUACUUAAACUAUUGCCAUUUAUUUAAUGUUGCGCCUGGUGGUCAUUGCCGAAAUCUUAAUUCUAAUUUGUCACUUGACCUGCCGGAGGUGGUAACUCGAUGGUUUCGAAGCUUCCGCCCCUGCCGAAAUCUUCAGUGAUUAUGUAACUGAAUACCUCCUCUUGUGAAUCUCCAUUGUGUUUGAAUUUGGCCUAAUGCAAAUAGCAGAUAUCUCGGGGCUAUUUGAAUGUGCAUUAUUAUUUGUAUGGAUAAUGUUUAGCUAAUGCUUGUAAUAUGAUUUUUAUGAAGUUCAUCUUUUCUAAACACAUCUUGUCUGAUUGCACCGAGAAGAUUAUUUCCUAAAAAAUAAGUUCAGCUUUAACUUGUAGACCAAGGCUUGAAAGCUUUAGAGGGUUAUUGAUUUUCAUUUUUA